CUCUUUCUAGGGUGUUUCCUGAGAGGGAGGGAUUUCGCCGGAACAAAAGUGCUCUGGUUCGCAGGUCGCGCUGACUGCAACGGCAGGCUUUGGGUGUAGCACUUUGUAGUUCUUCCUCUGCUCUGCUUCCCUUUGGUGGAAAACUUCAGGGAUGAACGUUUAGUAGGUGCUGCCUCUAAAGAGAGCAAUCACUACACUUAUGGCUGGGAUUUUGCGCUUAGUUGCUCAGAGGCCCACAGGCAGACUACAGACCGUGGCAAAAGAUGUGGAGUCUCUUAUUUGUACAGAUUGGAUUCGUCACAAAUUCACCAAAUCAAGAAUUCCAGAUAAAGUGUUUCAGGCCUCACCUGAAGAUCAUGAAAAAUAUGGUGGGGAUCCACAGAACCCUCAUAAACUGCAUAUUGUUACCAGAAUAAAAAGUACAAGAAGACGUCCAUAUUGGGAAAAAGAUAUAAUAAAGAUGCUUAAAUUAGAAAAAGCACAUACCCCUCAAGUUCACAAGAAUAUCCCUUCAGUGAAUGCAAAAUUGAAAGUGGUUAAGCAUUUGAUAAGAAUCAAGCCCUUGAAGUUGCCACAAGGACUUCCAACAGAGGAGAACAUGUCUAACACAUGCCUCAAAAGCACUGGGGAAUUAGUAGUGCAAUGGCAUCUGAAACCUGUGGAGCAGAAAGCAGAUGAGGCCUAGUGCCUGACCAGCUUCCAAUUGUAAAAUCCAAAUUGUUUUUAUUUAAAGAUAGUGAGAAAGUGUUUUCAUUAAAAUGUGUUUUAAAAACCAUUUUCACUGACUAAACCUGCUACAAUUCUUUUUUACUACAGACUUGGAGAUUUUAGUGUAAUUUGGUUUAAUUCUCUGCCCUUUCCCUUUCACUUUUUCACUCCAAAACUGGUAAGAAUGGCAUUGUUUGAACAACUAGCUUCGGGUCUACUGCCACCUUAGCAAGCAUCAUUAACUAUUUUAUAAAAAUUGUGGUGGUGCUGUUGUUUUUGAGACAGGGUCUUGCUCUCUCACCCAAACUGGAAUACAGUGGCAUGAUUUCAGUUCACUGCAGCCUCGACCUCCCAGGCUCAAGUGAUCCUCCCACCUCGGCCUCCAGAGUAGCUGGGACUACAGGCAGUGUGCCGCCACACCCAGCUAAUUUUUAAAAGUUUUUUUAUAGACAGGGACUCAUUGUGUUGCACGAGCUGGUCUCAAACUCCUGGGUUCAAGCCAUCCUCCUGCCUCAGCCUCCCAAAGUGCUGGGAUUACAGGCAUGAGCCACUGUACUCAACCAAAAUUGUUUUUUUUAAGUGAAUUCAACAAUUUCUGUGAGUGACUCUUUACAUAAACACUGUGCUAUGUGUUGAAGAAAUGCAAAGCUGACCAAAACAUGGUCCCCACCUUUUGGAACUUAUAGUCUGUUCUAGUGAACAGAGAUUCAGCCAAAGUUGAGAAACACUGGAUGCCAGCUAGAUUAUCUGUUUUGUGUUUUAAUGUCUAUAAGUAUGUAUGUGAAUAUGGGUUCAUUUUAUCCCUAAAUUUAAUACCACAACGAGCAUUUAUUUUCUAACGAUAAAUCUAAUUUGGCCUAAUCUUUAUUAUUGCACACUGCCUGAACAAAACAUAUUCAUCUCUAUGUAAAUUUUUUCCUCAUGGAACAAGGGUAUGAAAUGAAAAUAUAUUAGGAUUUAUUCAAAAACAGACUAUUCUGUUUUCAGCUUCAAAAUUGUUCUUUGGAUCCUAAGGAACCUCUGUCAACAGUUGAGGUUGCUAUUGAAAAGAAAAAAGAAGGAGGCAGAAAUCUCAGGGAGAAUUAUUUUAUUUCCUUUUUUUGUUUAUUUCAGAUACCUGGAGGUGGGGAGAAGUAAGAAUUGUAAGGGAGGUUUAAUAGUGGGAAAUCCUGUGACAGCUAAUUGAAGAAGAUGAUGAAGGACCUCUGCAUUCUAGUCAUCCUUUGCUUUCCUUUGCCUCUUAUAAAAUUUGGCUUGGCAACAAUGACAUUGUCAUGCUUAUUGUCCCAAUAUCCAUCCUGUCAUAGAUCUUAAUGGUUUUGAUCAUUGCAUCAAAAUGGAAGUAGCACCUGAAGUGAAACCAGAUCCCAUUAAUAAAUAAGCUUAAAGGCAAUUGUGGUUUUAAUUCCAUAGUUAUUGAAUAUCCAGCAUGUGUAAGGCCUGGAGGGGAUAUAAAGCCAAAGGACACUAACUUCUAAGAGCUCAGUCUAGUUGGAAAGAAACCUGUAUGCCACAACAUACGGUGUCCUUGCCUAUGUGGGGUUGAAGACGUCUGUGUAAAUAAAAGCAGCCUCUGCUAAUUUA